AUGGCCAGAAGAAGGCGGCCCCCCCGCGCUGGCGCUCUCAACGAACUACCACCGCGCAAAAUUCUCACCCAAAUCAUCGCGCUUCAGCUAAUAUAUUACUCUUCGGCCUUUGCUCUCAUUCUCUUCAGCGCAUUGGUGGCCGGUGAACACUUUAGUCUAGACUUAAUAUUAGACUGGCAGAAUUUGAGAGGUGACACGACCGUAGGAUGGAUGCUGAGUAUGGUCUGGAUGUUAAAUUCUAUCGUCGGGGUGGUCGCAAUUUUGGUCCUAAUCCACCGCUCCAAAUUCGUUCUCGACUUCUCUCUAACACUCCAUGCCAUUCACUUCCUAACCGUAAGCUUCUAUACUCGCUCCCUUCCUCGAAAUGCCCUCUGGUGGGCGCUACAAACCGCCAGUGCCGCCAUGAUGACAGUGCUGGGGAUGUGGAGCUGUCAGAGGCGGGAACUUAAACCGAUUAGCUUUGGUCGAGAUCAAUCCAUCACAGGAACCGCUCAUAAUUCUGAGACCAGAAACGACCAGGCCGAAAUGGAUAGUGGCAGAGAAGGGAUAAAAGACGGAAUAGAAAGGUUCGAAAUGAUGCGAAUGUCUGGCUCAGGCUCAGACUAG